AUGGCGUUCGCCGCAAUUAAUUCCACGAAUGGCCCCAUCGCCGCAAUCGAAGAGGCCUUUGCGACCGAGCCGUCUUUGAAAAAAAGAGUCUACGAUGCAAUCGAUACAACGCCGCAACAUGCCCCUCUCUUCGAAGAAAUCGCUAGAUAUACUUCUGCUCUAGGUGCGACUUCUAGCACUACAUCCCUCCCGAUUGCGCCCAGCAACGAUGGACCUGCUGCGAAGAAGCGCAAAACCCAAAAUGGAGCGAUUGCCCAGACGGCGCAGGCGCCAGUCAAUCUGAAGGGCAAUGACGAUAGCGUCCAAUUCUACGUGCAGGAGCUAUCGUUCACGAUGCCGCAGCGCAAAAAACUCACGCUCGAGAUUACUGGUGGGCAUCUUCGUGCCAGGAACAAGACCAGCAAGGAGGUGGAGUUUGGGAUAUCGCUGGACCAAGUCCGUCAUGCCCUUUGUCUCCCUGUUCCUGAGAAGACGCAGAAGCAGUUCAAUUUCUGCAUUAUCCCUGAAUUCGCGGAUGGAAUAACGCCACCUCCCGAGGGUGUCGCAGCUGCCGAGGCUAUGGUCUUUACUGUAGCUCAUGGUCCGGCAAAGACUGCCUUCACAGGAUUGGGCCAGCAGGUCGGGCAUAACGAGGGAGAGAGCGCCGAAGGAUUGAUUCGUAAGAUCCUGAACGACAGCCUGCCCAAUGCAAAUGUCAUAUGUCCCGAUGAGAGACAGUUUGUGAGCGCUACACCCGAGGCGCAUCGGAAAGGCGAGAAGGCUUUCCAUGUAAAAGCCUUCAGAGGAAGCAAAGAAGGAUAUCUUUUCUUUCUGUCUGUGGGGAUCCUCUUUGCAUUCAAAAAGCCACUGCUGUUUUUCUCCUUUGACACUGUCGACUCCAUCUCAUAUACUUCAGUCUUGCAACGGACUUUCAAUCUGAAUAUUUUGGCUCGCCCUCGCAAUGGCUCCGAAGAUGACAAUAUGGAGUUUGAAUUCUCCAUGAUCGACCAAGCGGACUUUGACGGGAUUGAUCAAUACAUUAAGCGGCACGGCCUGCAAGAUUCCAGUCUCGCUGAUGCCCGACGGGCCAAGGUGUACAAUGUCAAUGCUCCCAAGACCCAAGAGGAGAAAGCUGCCGCCGAGGCAGCCGGCGAGGAACCAGAGAGCGAGCUCCAAAAAGCCCAACGUGAGCUGGAAGACGAAGAGGAGGAAGAUGAGGAAGACUACGACCCGGGCAGUGACGACAGCAGUGACGGCAGUGGUUCGAGUGACGAGGAAAGUGACGAUGACGACGACCAAGAAGAUGGUGAAGACAGUGGAGAUGAGGAAAUGCAGAACGAACUAGGCAGUGAGGCCGAGGAGAACGCCGAGCAGGAUUAG